AUGAACGCAAACGCAUUCCAGUGCCCGAACGUCAACUGCUAUCGAGUGUUUUCGAACAAACAAACUUGCGUGAGGCACAUAAAGAAUAUGUGUGCCAAACCUGAGCCAUAUCAAUGCGGUUAUUGUCUAUUUCGGUCACAUUUUAAACAUUCGCCACGAAUAUUCCUCGCCAAAAUCUCCAGCCUCCAAUCUCCAGACGUGAAUAAAAUGUUAUCUGACAGAGAAGAGCUAUUCAAGUGUCCUAAUGAAAAUUGCAGCAAAAUUUUUGGAACAAAAAAAGCAUAUAAUUACCACAUCAAAUUUAUAUGCAAUAAAGACCGGAGAUUCAAGUGCUUCUACUGCGACUACAAAUCCAACUACUCGCGAAAUGUUAGAUCGCAUUCAAAAUCCAAGCACCUAAAUAUCGAGCCAAAAGUAGUCCAGAUGUGCGACCCUCAGCUUUACGACUCCCAGCUGAAGCCCGAGCCGGAAAUUCGGAAGUACUCAUGCCCAAAUAUUAAUUGCGAUAAGAAGUACCGGAGUAUUAGUGCCCUGAAGCAACAUGUUAACUACGAGUGUGGCGCCGAAAAUCGGUACCAGUGUCCGCAAGUAUUCCAAUGCACAAAUCCAAACUGCAAUAGGACAUUUAGUAGCAAAGUAGACUGCAAUCUCCACAUUAGGCAUGGCUGUGCCAAUCUUCAGAGAUACAAGUGUGGAGGCUGCGACUACAGAUCGAACCUUUCUGGGGACAUAAAGAAACACAUCCUAGGCGUGCACAAGGAUACUGACAUCGAAAUGAUAACGCUAUGGGAUCCUCACAACGAAACAAGGAUUUACAAGUGCCCUACAUUCGGUUGUCCUGCAAGAUACAAAACCAAGGCGAAACUGGCUUCUCAUAUGAGACAUGUGUGCGGAAAGGAACCGCGGUUCAAGUGCUUUUAUUGCGAUCAUAAAGGGUACUUUAAAGAUCGCGUCAAGAUUCAUUGUUUGAGCAAACAUCCUGAUCUAGAGUUUAUAGUCCGGGAUCAAAGAUGGGCAUGUACAAACCCUAAGUGCGACAAGACAUUUAAGAGAAAGGCAGACCGUAAUAAGCACAGUCGCUAUCACUGUGAUAAGCCGAGAAGGUUCAAAUGCGGGUACUGCAAUUAUAUGUCACACUUUCCGAAGGACAUUAGGAACCACUGCAGCUCCAGGCACAAGGAACACCCGAUUAAUAUUGUUGAAUUGUACCCUAAAAUUGACAGCCGGCGCUACGCUUGUCCUGCUCAUAAUUGCGGGAAGAAAUAUAAGUACGCUAAAAGCUUGAGCAAUCAUAUGAAAUUCGAGUGCGGUAGGCCUGCUAGGUUCAAGUGUUGCUACUGUGAUUAUAAAACUAUGUACUCUCAGAACUUAAUUGAAGAGUGCGAAAAGGAGGAUUUCUUCCCUUGCCCAAACAAGGGCUGCAAGAAGAUCUACAAGCGCGAAGUUUAUUUGAAGGAACACCUGACAAAAGAAUGCGGGAAGAAGCCGAGUUACCAGUGCGGGUUCUGUGAGAUGCAGUUCUUCGCGAAGAAGAGAAAGUUUCUCUGCCCUAACCCAGCCUGCGGGCGCACUUUCAAGCACUUGCGUUCCAGGAACUCCCACGUGACAAAUGUCUGCAACAAACCUCCUAGGUACCAGUGCGCCUACUGCAGUUACAAGUCCAUCAGGGCUUCUGAUAUGAGAUCACACGUUCUUAAAAUUCACAAGGAUCCAAAAGGAAGGAUGAUUGUCCUUUUUGAAGUCAAGCCGCGGAUUAAACCGUUCCCUUGUUCGAAUUGCAUGAAGAGUUAUGAUUAUUUGAGGAACUUGAGGGAACAUGUCAAGUACGAGUGUGGAAAACCACCCAGUUUUAAAUGCGCGUACUGUAAUUAUAAACAUUGUCUGAAGAAGAGGGUCAAUGAACACGCCAAAAGGAUUCACAAGAAUUUAGAAUUCAGAAGCGCGGUUGUUGAAAUUCAAAAUGUGGUUCAAAAUAAUGUUGAGGCUCCUGUUGAAGCGCAAUCUCGCGAAGGUAGUAACAGAAGAAAGCAAGUUUUGACUGUAAGAGACGAUAGAUUUCCUUGCACCAAUCCUGGAUGCGGAAAGACUUUCAAAAACCAGUCGGACUGCAAUUUUCACAUCAAAAAUCGCUGCAACAAGCCUCCUAGGUACAAGUGCGUUUACUGCCAGUACAAAACCUUCCAUUCUUCGAAUGUGAAGCGGCACAUUGGACAAUCUCACAAGGGAAAAGAAGUCGGAGUUAUUGAGCUGUACAAUCCAAGAGCUGAUGCAAGGGUUCAUGUUUGCACCACUCCAGGGUGCCCUAAGAAGUACAAGUACCGCUGCAAUUUAACUACACAUCUAAAAAAUGAGUGCGGAAAACCUCCGAGGUUCAAGUGCUUCUACUGCGACUUCAAAAACAGCUAUAAGCAUAUCAUCAAGAAACAUUCUGAGAGAAAACACUUUCAUGAAGCAUUGUUCGAGGAUACACCAAAAUUUGCAAGAAACCGUCAUCGAACUGUACAAGUUCAAUUUUCAACAAUGUUUGAACUGUCAGCAGCGCGAAAAGAUCAAACAGUUUCCUUGCCCGAACUCACACUGCACCCAGACGCAGAACCAGCUGAAGAAAGUCUUCCGGAGACAGCCGAAGAAAUGUUCGGCUGCCCAAACUCGUGCGGGAAGCAAUUCAAAAAUUACUACGCCUGCAACUACCACGCCCGAUACAUUUGUAACAAGCCUGAAAGGUACAAGUGCGGGUAUUGCGACUACAAAUCACAUUGGACUAAAGACGUAAAGCGGCAUUGUAUGAGGCAACACCAAAAUUUACAAGAACUCAUCGUCGAAAUGUACGAGGUAGUUUAUCAGCAAAAUUUGAGCCAACAGAAGCGCAAAAAGAUCAAACAGUUCCCUUGCCCGAACUUACACUGCACCAAGGUCUUUUACAGCGAGAAGAUCUGCAACAGACAUCUCAAACUUUACUGCAACAAGCCUACCAAGUUCAAGUGUUCCUACUGCCAGUACAGGUCUCAAGAAUAUAUAAAAGAAGUCCAAAAAGUACCUAAAGAAGAAAUUCCCGAAGAAUUUCUUAUAAUAGCAGAAGAAAUAAAUAAAGAAGAAAUAGUUCAAGAAAAAAUAGAACUUAAUUUAUCACGAAAAAAAAUUGUAUGUCCAAACAAAAACUGCCAUUGUUGGUUCGUUGACCAAAAGAGUCUGGAUUACCACUUGAAACACUACUGUAACCUUCCGAAGCGUUUUAAGUGCACUCAGUGUGAAUUCAAAGCUCGGUUCCCCUCGGAAAUAAAAAUACACACCCGUCGGACCCACAAGAAGCAGAAGAUCCCGGAUAAGAGGCCCUUGCCGAACAUUUUGGCCCGAAAAGGGUUUUUGUUGUGUUCCAAUGGAUUACUUCCUCGGUUAGUUUUCGUGGAAUCUAGAAGAAGAAAUUCAGAUUCGGGAAUACUGUUCCCAAAAGAACAAAGGUACGCCUGUCCGAACCCAAAUUGCAAAAGCACCUUCAAAACCGAGGUAGAGUGCAAUCGUCACUUGAAGAACCACUGCAACAAGCCGCAGAGGUACAAGUGCUGCUACUGCGACUACAAAUCGUACGCCAGCCAGCACAUUAAGUGCCACUCUCUUUCCAAGCACAAGGAAAUGGAGGUCAAAGUUAUUGAGCUGUAUAAUCCGAGUAAUAAUUCACGGAGUUACUUUUGUCCGACCAAAAGUUGUACUAAGAGUUUUAAAUACAAGAGGUCGCUAGUCGAGCAUCUUAAGUAUCAGUGUGGGAAACCUCCGAGGUUCCAGUGUAUUUAUUGUGAUCAUAAGAACAAUUUUAAAAAUAGAAUUAGAGCGCAUUAUAAGCUAGAGCAUCCAGAUAUGGAGGUUAGGUUUGAUAUUAUUGGGCGCAAGUCCGAAGAUUUGGAUCCAGGGUUGGAGUUUGCACCAAGCGCCAGAACUGUUGGAGAUAAAGGACCAGGUUGCGAAGAGGAGUGUAAAUUCCACAGUAACUUCCUCUGCGAUCAAGGGGAAUUAACUUACGGAGAUUUGGAAGAACUAGACCAAAAACCGAUUAAAAGUGACCUGAAUGCAGAACUUGAGAAGUUCAAAAAUCCUUGUUUCUCGAAAAGAAGAAAUUACAUUUGUCCUAAUGACAAAUGUUUGAAAAGUUACCGAUCUAAGUACACUUUAACGCGCCAUAUUAAGUACGAGUGUAAAAAAUCCCCGAGAUUCAAAUGUUUCUACUGUGAUUUCAAAAACUGCUUCAAGGAUCGGGUGAAAUUGCACGCGCAAAUAAAACACCCGGAUAAAAAAUUGCGAUAUGUUAAAUUCGGUACAGUUGCACAAACGCAAACUGCAACAAAACUUUCAAAAAUGAAGAUUCAAGGCGGGUCCACGUUCGCAAUUCUUCCCGCGCAAUUUGAAGAAGAAACGGUGUUCCAAUGCGGGAACCAGCGCUGCGAAGAAAUCUUCAACAGCAAAGAAGAAAUGACGCUUCAUAUGGAAGUUUGUGAGUACAGCGCCACCUUCAAGUGCAGCAGGUGCAAUUACACCGCUUCAUCAGUGGAACAAAUCCAGGAACACGCUUGGGAACAUCAUCCUUACAGAGCGGUUAAUAUUAUUGAAGUUUCUAAAGUCGCGGAAAAACAAUCGGUCUUUGUUUGUCCGAACACUCCUUGUGAGAAGAAAUACAAGAGCAAGUAUGAUUUGAACAAACAUGUUAAAUAUGAAUGCGGAAAGCCUCCAAGGUUCAAGUGUUAUUACUGUGAUUAUGCAAAAUGCUAUCAUCACAAAAUGCUAAUACUAACAAUUAAGUACGACACUAAAGACCCGCUUUUUUUGGUUAAGUACGAAAACCUUAUGCCGAAUGAAGAAUUACUAAAAAUUUCAAGCACUCUGCUGGCAUGCAUGAACCCAAACUGCGACAAGAUGUUCAAGAACAUCGGAGCUCGACAAGUUCACAUGAAGUCCUGUAACAAGCCCCCGAGGUUCAAGUGUGGCCACUGCGACUUCCAUUCUACCACAAAAAAAAAUGUCAGGCUUCACUCUGUCGCUAAACAUAGGAAACAAAAGACGGAAAUUAUUGAACUCCAUGAUCCUAAUUUGAGAAGAAGCAGCUUUCCUUGCCCCAAUGCAGUUUGCAAUAAAACUUUUGACACUCAAGAAAGAGUUACUUUUCAUAUUAAAUAUCGCUGCUGCAAAUCUCCGAGGUUCAAGUGCUUCUAUUGCGACUUUAAAAGUUAUUAUAAGUAUGAAGUUAAACUUCAUAAUAAUUCCAAGCACGCGGAUCGGCAGUUUCAUCCGAUAGUGCUGCGAAGAAGCCACGACCCGCCGUCGAGAAAGAAGAAAAAGCCUUCGAAGAACACAUCGGGAAUGUGCUGUCCAAACCCGAACUGCGGAAGAAAAUACUUAUCCGCAAAAUCUUUCUACAUUCACACAAAGUACUACUGCAAUCAGCCGUCUAGGUACAAGUGCGGGUACUGCGAGUACCAUUCCGCGGUGAAGAACUACGUAAAGGCGCACCUAACCGCGAAACACAAAGGCUUGGAGCUGAAAAUAGACGAAUUGUUCAAUCCUUUUGAACAAAAGCGAAUUUAUACUUGCCCGAAUGAUAAUUGUAAUAGAAGUUAUAGCUCCGAGCAAAAUGUCAAGCGACAUUUGAAGUACGAGUGUGGAAAACCGGCGAUGUUCAUGUGCUUUUACUGCGAUUACAAGUAUUCCUUUAAAGCUACUAUUAAGAAACACUGCAAUAAACAUCAUCCUGGGCAGGAGUUUAGAUAUGUUAAUUUAAAAGCUGAAUCGUUCCACGGCUACAGGCUACUUUGCCUCAACGGAAACUGCGAGAAGACCUUCAAAAACGAAGCAACAAGACAGUACCACAUGAAACACACCUGCAAUAGACCACCGAGGUUCAAAUGCGCGUAUUGCGGGCAUACUUCUCACUUUUCUAAAGACAUAAAGCGACAUUCUGAGUCCAAGCACCCUGGAAUGCUCGCUAAUAUCUUGGAAUUGUUCGACCCGGGUUUGAAAAUGAAUUUCUUCGACUGUCCGUCGGUUUCUUGUGGGAAGAAAUUUAAAUACGAGAGAAAUUUGGUCGCUCAUAUUAAACACGAGUGCGGAAAGCCGCCAAAAUUCAGGUGUUAUUACUGCAAUUUUAGGCAUCAUUUUAAACAUGUCGCUAAUCAACACUCUUUAAGGAAACAUCCGUUGGAAAAAUACAUCUGCAACAAGCCUCCGAGGUUCAAAUGCGGCUACUGCGAGUACAAAGCCCCCAGGAUUUCUAAUGUCAAGAUCCAUUCUAACAAUAUCCACAAGGAUUCCCCGCUUAAUAUCAUCGAGUUGUAUAAAACUGCCGAGGAGUUCGCUAGUUUCGUUUGUCCAAAUGAAAAUUGUCAGAAGAAAUACAAGAUCAAGUACGAUUUGAACAAACAUUUGAAGUACGAAUGUGGAAAAUCUCCUUGUUUUAAAUGUUUCUACUGCGAUUUUCAGAAUAAUUUUAUCGGGAGGAUUAAUACUCAUUGCAGGUUGAAACAUCCUGAUCAAGAAAUUAAAUAUUUGGCGACUACUGCGUAUAAUUUUGAGUAUCCAGUUACUGAUUUCAAAGAGCCCCCAGAACCUUUGGCUCAGCCUACUGGACUCUCCUGUCCCCAUAAAAACUGCAGAAAGACUUUCAAAACCGAGAAAAGUUUGAAAAAACACCUACAGAGCAACUGCCAGCAACCAAAGUACCACUGCGGCUACUGCGAUUUCAAAGCCGUGUGGCUUUCAAGCGUAAAAAGCCACGCGAGCCAAAAACACGGCGGAAUGAAGACCAAUAUCCUUUCAAUUACUCAACUUACUGCUAAAAUAACUCCAAAAAUGAGCGCGGGAACUUAUCAAUGUCCAAAUGAAAAUUGCAAAAAGCGGUACAAGACAGCCGCGGAUUGCCGAGCGCAUGUUAAAUACGAGUGCGGAAAACCUCCAAGGUUCAAAUGUUUCUACUGCGACUUCCGGAAGAAUCUUUUCAAGAGAAUGAAGCCGCAUUGGCGGGAAAAACAUCCGGAUAAAGAAUUUUUGGUUAGCAUGUUCAAAAACAAGUGCGACCGCAAUGUUCACUCGCGGUAUUACUGCAACAAGCCGCCGCGGUUUAUGUGCACGCAUUGCGGGUACAGAACUCUCAAAAAGGACACCAUUAAGCAGCACACGCGGUCAAAACACCCCGGAAUGGAGCUCAGUUUUGUAGAACUCUACAAUCCUACUGUUGUUAAGCGGAAUUACGUGUGCCCCGAGCCUACUUGCGGGAAGCGCUACAAAUCCCGCGCCAUUUUGUCGACCCACUUGAAGUACGAGUGCGGAAAACCUGCGCGGUACAUGUGCGCGUACUGCGAUUUUAAAAAUUGUAUUAAAAGCCGCUACCGGUGCUCAAAUCCAAACUGCCUAAAAGUGUUUUCAUGGAAAACGAGCCUAACGCGGCACAUGCUGGAGUGCGACAAGCGCCCGGAGUACAAGUGUCCGUACUGCGACUACAAAUCACGUGACAAGAAUGACGUAAGACAGCACACGGGCUACCACCACCCGGAGCUGGAGAACUACGUGAUAGAGAUAAAUCGUCCUUUGAAAGCGGAAAUUUACAUUUGCCCGAACGAUAACUGCAAGCGGACUUACAAAGCCAAGCGCAGCUUGUGGGCUCACCUUAACUAUGAGUGCGGCAAAGAGCCGAGUUACAAGUGCACUUUUUGCACUUACAAGACUUACUACAAGAACUUCCAGAAAGCGGUUUACAUCCAAGGGAGGAAAUUAUCCAUGUCUGAAUCCAAAUUGCGACAGUGUUUUUUCAACGAAGAAAAACCGCAACACGCAUUACAAACAUUUAUGCGGAAAACCGCCGAGAUACAAAGUGUUUUUAACGAUAAAAACAAUCGAAACCGGCAUUAUAAGCACCAAUGCGGCAAACCUCAUCGUUACAAAUGCGCCUACUGUGCAAUUUCUUCUCACUUAAAAACAAAUAUUAAAAUUCACACGACAAAAAAGCAUCCUGAUAUGAAAAUUACCGAAAAAAUUUUUUUAAUUAGAACAAAAAAAAAAAAAAACAAUAUCGUCUCUUUAUUUCUUCCUUUCAAACGCAUGCUUGCCCCUUUUGUUUCAGAUUACAAGCCGGACGUUUCAAUUUUCCGGGUGAAGAGGGAGCCAGAGGAUAUUUUAUCGACGAUUAAAAUUGAAGCGGUCCAGUACGCGUGUCCUAACCCCAAUUGCAACCGCGUUUUUGACAAAUGGAAGGCCCGAAAUACCCACUUUUCACGACACUGCAUUCACCGCCCAAAAACACCCAAGACACAAUUGAUCAACCAUUUCCACGCUAAUAAUUACAAUCACGUUCCUGAGUUCAAUAAUUACAAUCAGUUCCUGGAACCGGAUUGCGAUGAUAAGUCUAAAAUAAAGCGACUAAAGCCGAAGAAACGGAUUUUGAAGAAAAAGAAGAAAGAAAAUUCCGUCUCAGUUGCUACUGGGUUGAAUGUGAGGAAGUGCGUGGAGAUUCACAAUAAAAAGCGGGAAGAAAUUUUGAAAAAGCGCGCGGAAAUUAAUCGGAAAAGGCAGCUUACUAUCCAGAGGAACGCAAUUAUUAAAUCGGAAACUGAAUUUUUGGUUAAUGGAGAUAAUAAUCAAGGGGAGCUUAUUUCUGAUGAUCUUCUUGAAAGUAAUUACUUUUUGACAAAUGAAAUCGCUUAUAAGGUUAAGAGCGAGAAGAAGAACCAAUUUUUUGGUCAAAGGUUCCCUUGUCCGAAUAAAAAAUGCCAGCGCAAUUAUAAAACAAAGCAGAGAGAAGAAACUUGCAUCAGAAUUGGUGAGGUUAAGUACGCCUGCUCGAAUGAGAACUGCGACCGCGUGUUCUCGAACAAUGAAGCUAGGUACAUUCAUACUAAGUACCACUGCGGUAAACCGCCCAGGUUCAAGUGCUCCCAGUGCAACUACAAGUCUGUCAAGAAGCAGAAUAUUCUGACUCAUGCCAAGCGCCUGCAUCUUGAUGAUGACGCGAGGGUUAUUGAGCUCUACAACGCUUCUACUUCAGAUUAUAAAGGCCCAUGGGUGGUCUUACCAAAACUCGAUGAUAAAAUACUUGAAUUUUAUGGCUUGAAGAGGAAAAAAUUUGCAUGCACUAACCCAGCAUGCAUGAGCGAAUUUGCGAGUAAAAGGUUAUUAGAAACUCAUGUGAAAAGUGGGUGCUGGGUACUGAAUUAUCAAAAACGAGAAGAUUGCUUCGAGACGGUGAAAAUAAAGUCAGAAUACAAGUGCGAUGCAAUUUUAGAGGAUCUGAAGACUAUGACUGUUAAAUACGCGUGCCCUAAUGCAGACUGUGACAGCGUGUUUACAGAUAAGAGCAACCGCAAUCGCCACUACAAUUACCAUUGUGGUAAGCCACCGCGAUUCCAAUGCCCGUACUGCAGCCACAAAUCGCACCGCAAAUCUGACGUACAAGUCCACAUUAAUUCGCGGCACCGAUUUUUCAGAAAUUACGUUAUCGAGCUGUACAAUCCUUGCAAAAAACUAAAUUUUAAUGUUUCAGAAUAUGUUUACGAAGCACAAGACCCUCUGGAGCUAAAACCAGAAAAUUUCUCUAGAAAAAGAAGCGAAGAAAAAUUCACGUGCGUGAAUCAGUCCUGUGGAAAGUCUUUUAAGACCCGCGGGGCUCGAAAUUUUCACGUGCAAUACCACUGCGCGAAGCCAAUGCGGUACAAGUGCGAGCGCUGCGACUACAAGACGCACUGGAAAAACGACGUGAAGAAACACGCGAGGUCCAAACACCCGGAACUCGAAACAAAUGUCAUCGAGCUCUUCAAAGUUAGAUCCGCUAAUAAAGUUCACAGUUACUCGUGUCCGAACGAGCAUUGCAGUCGCACUUACACCGCAAAAAGCAGCUUCACACACCCUCGCCGCCGUUCCCAAAAGCCGGACUUGGUAGAAUACAAAUGCGCGAAUUUCGCGCAAUGUGGAAGCAUUUUCACGGACAAGAAAACACUAACGCGCCACAUAAAGUACGUAUGUGGUCAGCCGCCGAGGUACAAAUGCGCUUACUGCGAGUACAAAUCACACAAUACCGCAAAUGUCAAAGUUCACAUGGGAAGGAUGCACCCCGGCAAGGAGGUCCAGAUCGUCGAGAUGUACAACCCCUUCGCGAACGCCAGGAGGUACUCCUGCCCCCGAGAAGGCUGCUACAAGAGGUACAAGUACAGACAGGGCCUCACUUAUCACCUCAGCAAUGAGUGCGGAAAGUCUCCUAGGUUCAAGUGCUUUUACUGUUCUUAUCAUGCUUAUCAUAAGGGAAAUAUUCAGAAACAUUCUGCGGCUAAACAUCCUGAUUUUGAAAUCUGUGUUGUUGACUUGAAAGUCUGCGUAGCGGUUCACCCUCAAAAUUUCCAAUGUCCCGCAAUAAAGAGUCAGAACAUCGACACCAGUGACCAAAAGCUGCCGGGUCGCCCCUUUGCUUGUCCGAAUGAAAAUUGCUACAAGAGUUACCAGAAGAAGUGGCGCCUUAUGAAACACCUGAAAUUCGAGUGCGGAAAGCGCCCACGGUACAAAUGUUACUACUGCAACUUCUGCAGUUGCUAUGAAGAUGGGAUAAAAAACAGCAAAAUUCCUUUACUUUUGUUUGAUUGUAUUAAAACAGAAGGCCCGGUUUUGAGGUCAACGAUAAAACGGGAAAAAGAAGAUACUAUGUUUGUGUGUUACAAUCGCGCCUGCGAUCGAACUUUCAGCAACAAGACGUCCAAAGUGAAGAAAAAGAAGCCAAUAAAGCAAGAAACCAUCGACCUGGAAGAUCCCCAAGAACCAGCCCCUCCCGAAGAUAUAGAAAUCGAGUCCGAGAAGUAUAAGUGCCCUAACGAGAACUGUCAGAUUGUAUUUACACGCAGAGCGGCUCUGACAUUCCAUAUCAAGCACCAGUGCAUCACGCCGCGAUUCCGAUGUUCCGCGUGUGAUUACCGAUCAAAAAGCCGUCGGGGGGUUAAACAACACGCGACCCGCAAGCACGGUGACCUUGAUUGCCGCGUUAUCGAGCUGUACUCUUUAAAAGACCCCGGGAAGGUCACCUGCUUCUAUAAGGGCUGUGGGAAGAGCUUCACUUACUCAGCCUACAUGAUCCCGGGGCCGGGGAACUUCACAGGAGUUUCACAACUUCCCAAGGAACCUCUGCAGGUGAAAGGAAAAAAGUACGCAUGCCCGAACCCGAACUGUUCCAGUGUGUUCAAGGAGCGGCGCCAUCUAGGAACCCACAUCAGAUACCACUGCGGAAAACCGCCGAGGUACAAGUGCUUCUACUGUCCUUACAAGUCCACCUGGAGAGGCUCCAUCAAGUCUCAUAUUAAAAAAGUUCACCGCGAAAAAGAAGUUCAUGUUGUUGAACUAUAUCAGGCUCAGCCGAAAGUUAUUAAUUACAUUUGUCCGAAUGAUAAUUGUAAGAAAACUUUCAAAUUUUUCAGCACUCCUGCAGCCAAAGUACCACUGCCCGAACUGCACAAGCAGGUACAAGCAGAAGGCCAGUCUGACAAGGCAUCUGCGGUACGAGUGCGGGCAGGAACCCAGAUUCAAGUGCCCCUACUGCAAUUACCGGAGCAAGAAAACCUCUCAUAUUUAUUUACAUAUACGGACAAAGCAUAUCAAUUGUCAAAUUUACGGUACUCCUAUCGGUGGUCGCACAAAAAGGACGACAGAAAAAUACCGAAAUUUAAUUGCCCGAGGUGCCUGAGGCGGUUCUUUUCCCACAGCGGGAUGAACCGACACUACCGGCUUGAGUGUGGAGACGUUCCUAGGUUUAAGUGUCCUUACUGCGAGAUGAGGACUAAGUACACGCAAGCGAUCCCGCGACAAAAAAGUCUUUCUUUUGCCCGAAAUGCAACAGCGGAUUUACCUUAG